AUGGCAACACAAUACUCGACACAAACUGUCACUGUUACGACCCAGCCUGGUGGCCUGCGAGACUGGAACAGCGGUCUUUUUUCUUGUUUUGAUGACAUAAAGACAUGUAUGUAGACGUUUUUCAUAAGGGCCAUAGGAACGAGACACAGGUGCAAUUGCCCCCCAAAAAAAAGAAACCCAAGGAAAAUUGGGAAAUGAAGAAUAAUAAAAAAUUCAGAUUAUUUUAUUACAGUCUUCAAUAAAAUCUGCAAAAACUAAUACCCUUAAAUGUCUGCAAAAAAUUCCAGCACAUGCAGAAAAUUGUGCAAGCUGAAAAUCUUCCCUCCCUCAAUAACUUUUCCUCUGGUCCACCCCUUAGAACAUUUAUGUUGCAACAUUUUAAAUGAAAUAGAUUCUCAGUUUUCUUUUCGUUGUAUGGGCAGAUAUAAAUGCAAUCAGUGGUGUUGAACUGAAAUGAUACUACCAUUUUCUGUGGGCGUGGUAUAAAAAUAUUGUUUUGCACGCGAAACUUUGAAUUUCGGCGUCAAAACUCAAAAGGGCACUUGUAUUACAGAGGUUUGUUACGUAAACAUAUCCAGAGGGUGCUAUAAAUCUGUUAUUUCGCUUUCUAUAGCAAUUUUGUCAGUAUAAAGUCAGUCCGUGUGAAAAAUAAGAAGAAAUUUUCUCGUGCAAAACAAUGUGCUUGACACCACGCCCACAAAAGUUAUUAUUGCAAAACAAAAACUUAUGAUUGACAAACUCGUGCUGAAGAAACGUUUUGAAACGUAGUUAUAAAUGCACGCUUCACGGAAGCUCGAAAAUGGUAGUAACAAGGGGGGGGGGGGCUUUAAAAGGGGUGCAACAUGAUAAACAUGGAAAGUUCCAGAUUUAUUUGUGGUUCAAGUAAUUCUUCAAUUAGUGUUGUUUGAAGAAAGGACUUUAAAUAAAAGAUUCUGAUAUACUGAAGCUACAGUAUUUCAUGUUGGAGGCAAUCUGUACUUGAUUCAUCAUCACUGCAUUGUUUCAAUACUACAGUCACAAAGAACGUUUUGACAGGUUAUGAAUAUGCAAUCUGUGUUCUGCAAAAAUAUUGGGAGGUUAGCCCCCCAAACCGGCAUGACAUUUUUAACAUGGGGCUCAGCCCCCCUCCCCCUUUCCCACACACCUGCAACACAUAAUAUUGUCUAAAAAAAUUUCAGGUCUAUGUGGCUGGUGCUGUGGGUGCUGCCUCUCAAUUCAGGUCGCCACAC